UGCCCACUACCGACAUGAUGGGCUGUAAGUGUUGUGUGUGGAAGCUAUAUAUAGGGGUGCUAUGAUGGGGAGAUCACAGUAAUCGAGUGUGGAUAAGAAUGGAUAAACAGAAGUUUAAGGCUUUAUAUAACUUCUGUGCGAAAAUAUUAAACACACAAAAUGGGAAAGAAGAAAGGCAAAAAGGGAAAGGGAGGAGGAAAGAAGGGAGGCAAGAAGAAGGAAGCCCAAAUGACAGCAAAGGAAGCAAUCUUAGCGUACCAGAUUGGAAUUAUAGAGAAAAAAUUGGAGGAUGUCAUGUUUGAGUCAAGAGGAUGGGAAGAUAAAAAUCACAGACAUGAAGAAAGGAAUGAGAAGUUGCUUUCAGAACAGGAGCUCCUUAUUAAACAUUUGCUGAAGCAAGCCAAAGAGGUGGAAAAAUACUUUGAAAAUGAAGAAGUAAAAACACGUGAUGAUGUCGUAUUGACAAUGAAAGAUAAAUGGGGAAGACAGCGCCAAAAGGAAAAUGAACUUGCUGAGCUGAAGAAACUGAUUGCUCAGACGGAAGGGGAGAUCACUAUGCAGGAGAAGGAGGUGGAAUUAUGGUUAGCAUUCCGUGACAAAGGAGACAUGGAGCAGAAAAAACAAAUCCAACUUCUAAAAGAUGAACUUGUUGACAUGGAGAUCAGCUUUGGUGAUAUGAAAAAUCAUUUGGAACGGUCUCAAGAACAGGCAACAGCAGAAAUCAACCACCAUACAGAAGAAACUGUGGAUAAACAGAAAUAUUUAGCUUCAGAGAAAGCUAUAGGUCAGUUGGACAAGUACAGUCGUCAAGAGGUUCUAGACAAUGAUUGGCUCCGACGAGAGGUGGAGAUUCACAAGGCAGAGUCUGCAGAUCUGAGAAAGGAAGUGGAGGAAUUAGAGAAGGCCAACCUCCUGGUGAUGGCUGACUUAUUUGAGUGUAAAAUAGAAGAUCUCAAGGUUUCAAGGAACUUCUUCCUGACUCAGUUUGAGGAGGGUGGUGAGAACCUGGACCAGACAGGCAUUCUUGAGAUGGACCUGGCACAGAUAUCUAUAAAUGACACCAGUACAGACGAUACCUCAAACCUCGCCAUCAAGGAGGCCGGGGAGACUAUGCCAGAGAGAUGUGGAAGUGCUACUCAAAGGGCUGUGGAAAAGAAAGUCUUCUCUUUGGCUGCUCCACCCUUCAUAGAGCAUGAUGGAGACAGUUCCUCAGACGAUGAUGAGAGUGUAGACACAGACCUACUGGAUAAUAUGUAUUUUGAAGAGGAGGACUUUUCUGAUUACCUAAAGCUUGGGCCCCUCGAGAUGAAGUUACUCAAUGUAUCCGGGGUACAGAUGCCUAUCCAUAUCCCCCAGGCUCUCACUGCUGAGGAGGCUGCAGCUAAGGAUUGUAAGCCGGACAGCUGGCCUGUCACUCAUCCUAUGUUGAGAGAAGUGGCAAGGCCAUGAGUUUUCCACCAACAGAUAAAACAUAUAAUUUGUUAUUUAGUGUUGAACUAUGAAGGAUAAUCUGUCAGUGAUGGAAGUGUGACAGGAAGGAUACCUCGGUGUAUAAAUUUCAGGUGGAUACACUAGACAUAUCGAGUAUAUUGUAGAUAAGGUUACCUGAUCGGUACACGGUGUAAGCAUACUGUGUAAUAUAAAUGUAAAUUAAGCAUAAUUAUCUUUGAAUCUGGCCUAAAUGUUUUACCAGUGUGUAGAUAUCCUGUGAUACUUCAUUACCAAUUUGUUCUGAGUAAUGUUGAGGGAAUCCUUAAUACAAAUCUAUAUUGUCCUACUAUUAUAGCUCCGUCAUUCUCUUACAACAAAAACGGUAAAUAAUAAUUAAUUAUGGUAGUCAGAUUUUAAUGUUUGGUCAGAGCUAGCUAUCACAGUGAAGAUGUUGUCUGACAGCCACGUAAACUGUGAGUUAUUAUAGCUGUAUGAUUGACAAUAUUUUAGUCUUGUGUAAAUGUUGUUGUAGGGAAAGCUUUUAGUUAUUGAUAAUUUAUCAAAAACACUUUUAUUCCUUCAGGUAUUUUAUAUGGUACAAAUCCUAUACCUGUAUAUCCUACAUUAUGUUAUCUCAUUGUCCUACUCUAGCAGUUCCUACAUCUGUUUGUCCUGUAUUUUGUUUUUGUGUUUGUCCUACAGCUCCUACAUCUAUACAUUCAAUAUUUUGUCCUUUGUUUGUCCUACAGCUCCUACAUCUAUACAUUCAAUAUUUUGUCCUUAGUUUAUCCAACAGUUCCUACAUUUGUACAUUCAAUAUUUUGUCCUUUGUCAUACAGUUCCUACAUUUGUUUGUCCUAUAUUUUGUCCUCAGUUUGUCCUACAGUUCCUGCAUCUGUAUGUCCUUUAUUUAUUUUGUCCUUAGUUUAUCCAACAGUUCCUACAUUUGUACAUUCAAUAUUUUGUCCUUUGUCAUACAGUUCCUACAUUUAUACAUUCAAUGUUUUGUCCUUUGUUUGUCAUACAGUUCCUACAUUUGUACAUUCAAUAUUUUGUCCUUUGUCAUACAGUUCCUACAUCUGUUUGUGCUAUAUUUUGUCCUCCCUUUGUCCUACAGUUAUACGAAAUAUACGAAAGUGUGAUAUUUUUUCCAGGUUUGGUUUUGAUAUCCGUCCCGAAUUAAUAUCUGUGAUGACUAUGGUAUGUAAUUGUGAACCGAGGUCCUCAAUUGUCCUCGAAAUCCAAAGUUUUCACCCUCAAUAUGUCUUACCAAUUGGAGACAUCAUAACAUAGACUGCCUAUGUGCUAUCUUGUUGGUGGUAUAGCAAGCUGACUUGUCUGAAGCUUUCAGGGCUUUCACACUUGUGAGGAACAAUGUCUGAAGCUUUCAGAGCUUUCACACUUGUGAGGAACAAAGCAAUAGCUUAGUAGCUUCAAUAUCAAAUGGACUGGAUCUGGUUGGGUGUUGCAUCUUUGUAAUCAUCAAAACACGAACAUAAGGCUAGUGAUUGGUAAGGCCUAUUUCAAACUUGGUUACAAACUGUGAACCUCCAAUUUUACGAUAAAUAUUCCAAGUACUACAUAGUAAAGAGCUUUGGAUCUCGAUGGACCCAGAUGUGUGAUGGUGUAUUUGAGGUAGAUAGACUGAAAAGAGGGUGUUUGUGUGUGGAGUGUAUGAGAGGUUGAAAUGUUGACAAAUCAACAAGGAAUUUUAAUUUACAAUCUUUAUUGUUUUGUCUUCUAUUGUUGCUAUUGUGAUCAUAUUAUGUUGUUUACAAUUGAUUUGGAGGACAAUUAUUUCCUUUCAAGUUUUGCAUUAAUGAUAUUUGAAUAAAAUUUCUGAAUUUUGA